AUGAAGAGGGCUAUUUCAACCGACCCGGGCGACGGCGGAGUAAUGUGCGACGGAUGGUUUCGCACCGGGGAUCUGGCACGGGUCGAUACCGACGGAAAUUACAUCGUCGACCGCGCGAAGGACAUGAUCGUGCGGGGCGGAUUCAGCGAUCUACCACGCGAAAUCGAAGAGGUUGCUACUCACCCAGCCGUCUCACUCGUCGCCGUCGUCGGGGUGCCGGACACGAGCCUCGGCGAAAGUUGUAUCGCCUACGCGAUCCGAGCCGAG